CCCUGAGCCUGCAGUGCAAAUAAGCAAGUACGCAGAGUAAGCAGAGGCGACCUUACUAACUGCUUGGAAAAGACGGUUAUCCUGGAAUAGUUCUGCUUCUACUGAGCUGAUUGUUGUACAGAUUCAGGUAGUUGCUGUCGUUCCUUCAACCAAUGCCCGACUGACCAGGUGCUCCCAGGGAACCAGGAGUCAUUUAGAGCCGAGGAGGCAUGGCUCUCCGCCGAUCGCCCUCGUCUAACUGUGCAGAUCCAUGGCCGAAUGGUGCCUGGUUCAACCAGGUGUCCACGGUGCUCAGCGAAUCAUCGUCCAUCCACAGCGACGUCCUGUACCAGCUGAGCCGGGACCUUUCUGGGAGCGGCUUGAAGCCCAUGCCCUAUGCCGUCCUGGAGCCUUCAGGGUUAAAGGAAGAGCCCUGGGAGGAGGAGUUCCAGAGUCUCUUGCAGCGCAACAGCAUGCAGGUCUCCCCGAGUGAGGACAAGAUCCCGGAUGUAGGACCUCCUUCAAGCCCCCAAGCCAGCGGCGAAGGCCUAUACUUCAGCGACGGGCAGCGGAAAGUGGACUAUGUUCUGGUUUUUCAUCACCGGCGACAUGGCUCCCUACGAUCUCCCACCACUGCAUCGGUGUCACAGGACGAGCUAUCCAUAGUAUCGAACGGCAAUUUCCCUCCGCCGUCGAGUUCUGAGGCCUUGGCUGGAGGAGGAGGUGGCCUUCGGAGGGAGGACGCAAGCGUCGGGGAGGUGUUUAUGGAGCUGGGAAUGGCGAGAGGGAGCGGGGCGAUGGAGGCCGCUGAUCAUGAGAUGCAACUGAUCAGACAAGAGUUUGAAGCCAAUCUGCUGGAGGCGGGUCUGGAAGUAGAACGAGACAGAGAGGUGGGUGUCCUGACAAAGACCCACGGGCCCAGCUUUACUCGGAUCCACGCACCUUGGCCUGUUUUGUGUAGAGAGGCUGAGUUUCUGAAGAUUAAAGUCCCGACCAAGCAGAGCUAUGAACUCAAAGAGGAAAGUGGGUUUGGGUCCAGCAUGAGCUCAGUGUGGAGGAAAGUAAAGCAGCCCUUUCAGCCCAAAGUACCUCAGCAGGACCAGGGAAGCACCAAGUUUCUGUCACACUGCUUCUCCAGAGACAAACUUCACAUGUACAACAUCACGUCAAAAGACACUUUCUUUGAUAACGCUACCAGAGGAAGAAUAGUCUAUGAGAUCUUGAGACGGACGGUGUGCGUACGGACCUGUCAAACCAUAGGCAUCAGCACAUUGAUAGCCAAAGGCGUAUAUGACUCUGCCUUCCCUCUUCAUGAUGGUGACUAUAAGGUCACUGGAAACCUGGAGGAGCGCAACGACAGACAGGUUCUUUUCGAAGAGUGGGCAAGAUACUCAGCCUUCUACAAGUAUCAGCCCAUUGAUCUGGUCAGGAAAUACUUUGGGGAGAAGAUCGGCCUGUAUUUUGCAUGGCUCGGUGUUUACACUCAGCUGCUCAUACCGGCCUCCAUAGUGGGAAUCAUUGUGUUUGGAUACGGGGUGGCGACCGUGGACACCAAUAUACCCAGUUUGGAGAUGUGCGAUGAGCGUCUCAAUUUCACCAUGUGUCCUCUGUGCGACGGCGCCUGUGACUACUGGCACCUCAGCACCGCCUGCGGCACCGCCCGGGCUUCGCACCUCUUUGAUAACCCCGCCACUGUCUUCUUCGCCAUCUUUAUGUCUCUGUGGGCGGUGUUAUUCCUGGAGCACUGGAAGCGUCGACAGAUCAGCCUGAGUUUCAGCUGGGAUCUGACUGGGAUUGAGGAGGACGAGGAGCACCCCAGGCCAAGGUAUGAGACCAUUCUCCUGCAGAAACAGCAGCGGAAGCAGAAAAAGAAGAAGAAGAAGAAGAAAAAGAAUGAGCCAGAAAAGCAGGAGGACGGGACAGUGACAGGGAAGGACAGAUGGAGACAAAAACUGCUGUCUGCCAUGGCUGCAGGAGUACCGGUACCGACAGUCAUUGAGAAGUUGACCUGGAAAGACCGCCUUCCUGGAUACUUUAUGAAUAUUUCCUCUAUUCUUUUCAUGUUUGGACUGACGUUUUCAGCCGUUUUUGGUGUAAUCGUCUACCGGAUCACGGUCUCAGCCUUGAUGGCGAUGAGUCCGGACCCUGAAAUAAAGUCCAACGUUCGGGUGACGGUUACGGCUACCGCCGUCAUCAUCAACCUCGUGGUCAUCCUGAUCCUGGAUGAAAUCUAUGGCGCUGUGGCACUGUGGCUAACUGAGCUAGAGAUUCCAAAAACAGAAACCACCUUUGAAGAGCGCCUCAUCCUGAAGGCCUUCUUACUGAAGUUCAUGAACGCAUACGCUCCCAUAUUCUACGUGGCUUUCUUCAAAGGGCGGUUUGCUGGUCGACCUGGAAGUUAUGUGUACGUCUUCAACGAUUAUCGGAUGGAGGAGUGUGCUCCAGGAGGCUGCCUCAUUGAGCUGUGCAUCCAGCUCAGCAUCAUCAUGCUGGGGAAGCAGCUGAUCCAGAAUAACAUCUUUGAGAUCGGCAUCCCGAAGCUAAAGAAGUUGAUACGCGCGCUGAAGGAGAAAGAGCCGACGCAGAAGCAGAAGGACGAGGAGAAAACUCCCCUGCAGUGGAACCUGGACUACGCUUUGGCUCCUUUUGAAGGCCUCACACCAGAGUACAUGGAGAUGAUAAUCCAGUUCGGUUUCGUCUCUCUCUUCGUGGCGUCUUUCCCACUGGCUCCUCUCUUCGCCCUGUUGAACAACGUCAUAGAGAUCCGGCUGGACGCCAAGAAGUUUGUCACAGAGCUGCGCAGGCCAGUCGCCGCGCGUGCUAAAGACAUCGGCAUAUGGUACAACAUUUUGAGUGGAAUGGGCAAACUGUCCGUCAUAAUAAAUGCCUUUGUGAUCUCCUUCACAUCCGACUUCAUUCCUCGGCUCGUCUACCAGUACAUGUACAGCCCGUCAGGCACCAUGCACGGAUUCAUCGACCACACGCUCUCCUUUUUCAACGUUUCCAAUUUUAGACCUGGGACAGCGCCACAUAGCUCUGAUCAUGGAGACGUUACUGUCUGCCGUUACAAGGAUUACAGAGAACCUCCCUGGUCCUCAGAUGCCUACCAGUUCUCCAAGCAGUACUGGUGUGUCCUAUCUGCGAGACUGGCCUUCGUCAUUUUGUUUCAGAACUUGGUGAUGUUCCUGAGCCUCAUCGUCGCCUGGGUGAUCCCGGACGUUCCCAAAACCAUCGUGGAGCAGCUCAAGCGGGAGAAGAAGCUCCUGGUCAACCUGUUUCUGCAAGAGGAGAAGGAGAAAUUCCAGCUCAUCCAGAGCCUCUUCGUCAAGGACGCCACCCUCCACCCCAAAAGCCAAUCCCCCAGCGCAGGGCAGGCCUUCCCCAUUCUGGGCAGAUACAGUACUCUACCGUCGGGCCCCACGGCUCCGGACGGACCCAGGGCGAGAUGCAGGGCUGCCAGCUUCAGCCAGUUCAGCGAGAAGAUUUCCUCGUUGCCCAGGAAAGAGAACGCAAACUCAAAACACACAGCGGUGUGACAUGGGCCGCGCCAAGUGGUGGGAUUCAGCUCAAACAGGGGCUUAACUGAAGGGACUCGGCCAUUUUCCUGCGUGUUUCCUGUAUUGUUUGUGCCCUGGUGUGUGUGACGCAGCAGUGCGUGGGUUAAACCGUCCUCGCUGGCCUCGGCGCGCCGAUCAUGAACAAACGGCUGCGUGAGAGCUCCGUUCCAACUCACACGACUGUUC